UUGCCCACACUAUUUCGUCCUCCAACUUCCAACAAUGGAACCCGAAGAACACCACCACCACCACCACCCCCAAUCCCCCGAAACCCCACCACCUUCCACCACCACCAUUUCGCCGCCGGCCUGCUGCAAAUGCGGCGCCCCCACCGCCUUCGCCGCCCCUCCGCCGUCGUGCUCGCCGCCCCCAAACUACCGCCCCAUCCGAGCCCCCGCCAUCAACCUCCCCCCAAACAACAACUCCCAACAAGCCAUCAUCCUCGCCCCGGUCCCACAAUCCAAGCCGGUCCCACCAAUCUCACCUCCCUUCCGCUUCCAAACCCCCUCCAAGAAAAUCCAAUCCCCCGACGACAUCCGCCGCUUCCACGACUCCGAUUCCGGCAAGCACUUCCUCGGCUUCGUCGUCGCCCUCUCGGAAUCCAUCCGCAGCAAGAAAAUCUCCGAUCCCUGCCACGUGUCCCCCGUCACCGCCGCCAUCGUCUCCGUCCUCGAGACCCUCCUCAAAUGGGUCGACGAAAUCCCGCCGACUCAGCAAGCCGCCCGAUACGGCAACGUUUCGUACCGCGUCUGGCAUGACCGCUUGGUCGAAAAUAGCCCUGACCUAAUGCUCAAAUUCCUCCCUCCGCAUCUCGAAGCUUCCACCGUCGAGAUCGUUCCCUAUUUCACUGAUAGCUUCGGAAACGCUAGCCGGAUCGACUACGGCACCGGCCACGAGACCAAUUUCGCGGCGUGGCUAUACUGCCUGGCGAGAAUGGAGGUCAUUAAGGAAGAGGACUACCCUGCCGUGGUGGCCAGAGUGUUCGUCAAGUACUUGGAGUUGAUGAGGAAGCUGCAGCUGGUCUAUUGCUUAGAGCCGGCGGGGUCUCACGGCGUUUGGGGCCUCGACGACUACCAUUUCCUGCCGUUUAUUUUCGGCUCGUCGCAGUUGAUUGAUCACAAGUAUAUGAAGCCGAAGUCGAUUCAUAAUGAUGAUAUAUUGGAGAACUUUUCGAAAGAGUAUAUGUAUCUUUCGGGGAUUGCUUUCGUGAAGAAGGUGAAGAAGGGGCCGUUUUCGGAGCACUCUCCUUUGUUGGAUGAUAUUAGUGGAGUGCCGAAUUGGAAGAAAGUUAAUAGUGGGAUGCUGAAGAUGUAUAAGGUUGAGGUGUUGGAGAAGGUACCAAUUAUGCAGCAUUUCCUAUUUGGCUGGCUCAUCAACUGGGAGUAGGUGACAUCUCUUGCGGAAUCUUUUGUGGGAGCAAGUCGUUGAUUUUCUGUCGGGUUAUAAGUCAGUAGAAGUUUAGAAAGUUAGUAGAUUGAAAUAUACUGCUCUGGUUACUGAAUAUGUGGUCUUGGUGUUAUGUGAGUGCAUUUUCUAUGUGAGUGCUGAAGAGGGAUGUGUUUCUGAAAUGGAGAAUGGAAAUUUGAUCUCAGAAAAGGAGUAUAUGUCCAUGAUAA